GUCACUCAGUUCACCAUCCACCUCGCACCACACUUUGAAGGGGCACCAGGAGAGGUUACCAUCCUCGAAGUCUUCCACAAUCAUGGCCAUGAGAGUAUCUUUUGACUUUCUCGUCUCGGGAUUCAAAAUCGGCUGUUCCGUCUCACGCGAUAGCCUUUCGUUCUCAACACUCGAAGCUCUACCAUCACAGGAGUCGCUCCCAUCGGGCCAGUCAGUACUCGUAUCGAUCGUAUGCGCUUUCCUCAGCUACGUGUUCUUCAAACAAUGGAGGGCCUCCAGAUUCAACGGCGUGCCGUAUAGCGUUCCGAUACCGGAGCAAGUAGACCCGGACUGGAAAGGAGAAGCCAUGAUGCACCCGUCCAUCAAAUCGAAUACCGACUACUUGAUCCAAUGCUACGCGCCUGCCACCGGUGCAUCACUCGGAAAGGUCACUCCUGCGUACCCCGAGGAUAUCGACGCUGCUAUCAGGUCCUCCGCCGUUGCCCAGGUACAAUGGGCCAAGACCUCGUUCGACGAACGUAGAAAGUUUUUGCGCACACUGCUGAAGUACAUUCUUGACAACCAAGACCCCAUCGCGGCUGUCGCUUGCUUGGACUCCGGAAAGACCAAGGUCGAUGCCGCGUUCGGUGAAAUUUUGGUCACAGCGGAGAAAAUCAAAUGGGUUCUCAACCACGGAGAGAAGGCUCUACUCCCGGAGAAGAGGGAGAAUUCAUGGCCGUUGCAGUGCUACAAGAAGGUAGAACUGAGGUAUGAGCCGCUCGGUGUUGUUGCUGCAUGUGUCUCCUGGAACUACCCUUUCCACAACCUUCUCGGCCCGAUCAUCAGCUCCACCUUCGCUGGUAACGGAAUCAUUGUCAAGGGCAGUGAACAGACUGCUUGGAGUUCGCAAUACUAUAUUUCGAUUGUCAAGGGAGCUCUUGUUGCCUGUGGCCAUAGCCCGGACCUCGUUCACUCGAUCAUGUGCUGGCCCGAAGUCGCACCUCACCUCACAUCGCAUCCCGGAAUCGGACACAUUACCUUCAUUGGCUCCCGCCCUGUCGCACACCACGUCGCUGCCUCUGCCUCGAAAGUUCUGACUCCCCUCUGUAUUGAGCUCGGCGGCAAAGACGCUGCCAUCAUCCUCGAUGAUACGGCCAACCUCCCAUCUGUCGCUUCCAUCCUCAUGCGCGGUGUCUUUCAGUCAUGUGGCCAAAACUGCGUCGGCAUUGAACGUAUCAUCGCCACGCCUAAAGUCUAUCCCACGCUCGUCUCCAUCCUCGAAUCUCGCAUCAACAAGCUUCGCAUCGGCUCCAUCCUUGACGAUGUUACCGGCGUCGACUGCGGCGCCGUCAUUUCCGAUGCCCACUUCUCACGCCUGGAAGCACUAGUCGAGCAAGCCGUUUCCCUAGGCGCACGCUGUCUCGCCGGUGGAAAGAAAUACAACCAUCCCAAGUACCCCAAAGGCCACUACUUCACGCCCACCCUCCUCGUCGACGUAACCCCCAGCAUGGCCAUCGCCCAGCACGAAGUUUUCGGUCCCAUUUGCCUUCUCAUGCGCGCCUCCGACGUCGGCGACGCGAUCUCGAUCGCCAACUCGACCGAGUACGCUCUCGGCGGCUCAGUGUUCGGGCGCAACCAGAAGGAUCUCGACAGGGUCGCCAGGGAAAUGCACUGCGGCAUGGUGUCGAUCAAUGAUUUCGCCGUGUACUAUCUCAACCAGAGUCUGCCCUUCGGAGGUGUCAAGGGAAGCGGAUAUGGACGGUUUGCGGGUGCCGAGGGGCUACGCAGUGUUUGUAACCUCAAGGCGGUGGCGCGAGACCGGUUCCCGAGGAUCGCGAGCACGGCAAUCCCGCCUGUCGUGGAUUAUCCGCUCAAGGAUGGAGAGCGCGCAUGGAGGUUUACCAAGGGCCUUGUCGAGGUGGGCUAUGGCGAGACGGUAAUGCGCCGUGUGAAAGGAGUGGGGAAGCUGAUGGGAUUGUAAGUUGAAAUUUUUUGAACGUGUAGGCUGUAGGCUUGUAGUAUGAUAUGUACGUGGGUAUAAUUGUAAUAGGGAUAAUAGAGCGUGGCUUCCACUGGC